UAUAUACUAUCGUAUUAAUUAUACUACGUGCCUAUGUACUCCGUAUUAAUAAACCAUUUAGUCUAACUUCAGCAGCAUUAUAUUAUAUUGUUCUUGAUCUUCAUUCAUCAUUAGUUUCACCCCAAACCCUAGGGCCACAACAAGUGUGGGAUUGAAUCCCAAAACCCAUGUACCAACCAGUACAAAGCCCUUGGGCCUUGGCUAGCAAGCAUUAUAGGGGGUUUUCUCCCGCUUCCUACCAGUCAGUCCCUUCCCUAGACCACGUCGGCGUCGCCUUCACCAUCGUUAAAUCGCUUGCUUCCAGGAUAAUCCUCACCACAGGAUUCAUGCAUGUCUUGCCGGACUCUUUCGACAUGUUGCGGUCGAGUUUGCUCGAUUGCCAUGGUACGUCGUAGUUAAUUACAUGCUAAAAAUAUAACACUUUGAUUUUAGUGUGAUGUUAUGUUUUAGACUUUUAUUAGUUUAAUUUGGAAGUUGGUUGUUUUAAAUAUAUAGUCGGAGGUGUUGGGCUUUCCCUUGGAGCCACAAGCAAUAGUUGCAGCAUCAAAGGACUUAUUGCUGCACUAUGCUUCCACCAGAUGUUUGAAGGGAUGGGACUUGAGAGCUCCAUUUUGCAGGCGCAAUACGGUUUGUUAAAGAAGGCGAGCAUGGCGUUUUUCUUCUCAGUGACAACGCCCUUGGGGAUAGCGGUGGGGAUAGGAUUAUCCAACACAUAUAAAGAGAACAGUCCCCGUGCUCUUAUCACCGAAGGAUUGCUUAACGGAUCGUUGGCUUGCCUUCCCAUUUAUAUGGCUUUGGUAGAUCUUCUGGCUGCUGAUUUCAUGGGCCAAAAGCUACAAGGGAGCAUCAAUGCAAGUUACACAUGCAUGUAUUGUUUCUAGCUUGGCCGUGCUUUUGGGAUGUGUUGGGAUGUCUAUCUUGGCCAUGUGGGCUUAAUUAGCUAGCUAGGUACAUGCCUGUAAGAUAUGAUUGGUGAUCAUGAAGUCUUUUAUUUAUGGUGUAGAAUUUUAGUAAUAAAUAUAUACUUCCUAUUUAUUUAUUCCAAUUGAAUACAUAGUUUUGGUUUUGUUUCAAUUAAUAUCAUUAGCAAUGUGCAUUAUAUUUAUUCUUAUUUUUAAAUGUAUUAUGGUCUUGAGUAUUUUCUUUCUGAUAUGAUCACUCCA